AUCAAAUACUAGCUCCUAAACAAAUCCUGAUAACGAAGCCCCUGUAAGACGGUCAGUCGGAGCCACAGCGCCGUCUACGCUUGAUCGGCGAGUCGGGCGCAGUGAACCACCGACGCUAAAACAGUCCUACUUUGUAUAUAGAUCCUUACCUACCUACCUACCCAUAGACCAGCCAUACGAUACUUUAGUUUUUCUAUCAUUUACAUGUCUACUCAUUUAUAUCUACAUCUACAUCUACAAUAAACUCACCUGGAAACCCCCCAAACCAUGUCCAACCGCGUCCUAAUCGCCGGCGGCGGCCUCGGCGGCCUGGCCCUAGCCCAAGGCCUCCGCAAGCACAACAUCCCAUUCAUCGUCUUCGAACGAGACGCAAAGCAAGAUUUCCGCGCCCAAGGCUACAGACUACGCGUCAUGCAAGAGAAUCUCCGCACCCUCCUCGUCCCCGAAAUAUGGUCCCUAUUCGAGAAAACCGCUGCCUUGGACGACGGUUUCCCAGGCGUAGGUGUCCGACUCGACGCACUGACUGGAGAACCCCUUCCCGCUGGUAGUGGUGGUCCGCCGCUGGGGAUCCACGGGGCCAGACCGUACACUGUGGAUCGGGGGACGAUGCGCGAGGUCCUUCUGCAGGGACUUGGGGAGGAGAAUGUGCAGUUCGGAAAGCGGUUCGAGCGGUAUGAAGUGAGGCAUGAUUGUGUAGUUGCGUAUUUCGCAGAUGGGAGUUCCGCGACGGGAGAGUUGCUCGUUGGUGCGGAUGGAGCGAGGUCGCGGGUUAGGAGGCAGCUUGUGCCGGGGUAUCCGUUUGUGGAUACGGGGAUGAGGAUGAUUUAUGGGAAGACGGGGAUCACGGGGGAUGUGGAGGGGCGGUUGAAUGAGUUGGCGAGGAGGGGGAUGUCGCUGGCGAAGGAUUUGAGGGAGGAGGCGCCGAAGACGUUGUUGUUUGAGCCGAUGAGGAUGCCGAGGGGUGAUGUUGGAGGGAUGAUUAAGUUGCCGGAGGAUUAUUUGUAUUGGGUGUUGCUGGUUCAUCGGGAUUUUGUGAGUAUGGAGGAUGAGAAGGUUCUCAGGUUGAACGGGGAGGAGUCGGCGAGGUUGUCGCUGGAGUUGUCGAGAGAUUGGCAUCCGUCGGUGAGGGUUUUGCUGGAGGAGCAGGAUGUUGAGCAGACUGCAACGCUGAGGAUGGCGUCUGUGAGGCCGGAUUUGCCGGCUUGGGAGACGGAUUCGAGGGUCACGCUGCUUGGGGAUGCGGUUCAUGUUAUGCCGCCGACGGGUGGGCAGGGGGUGAAUACGGCGUUGAGGGAUGCGGCGGUGCUGGUUGAGAGGAUUGUGGAGGCGAAGGAGGUGGGUGGAGGGGAUGUCGUUGCCAGGUAUGAGGAGGAGAUGAGGCAGUAUGCGCGGGAAAGAGUCGGGUUGAGUUGGCAGGGCGGGUAUAAAGCGUUUAAUUUGAGGCCGUUGGAGGAGUGUGAGAGUGUUGAGUUGUUAUAACUUGAAUCUUGCUUGAAAUGAUGUUAUGGAGUGCUUGUUGGGUGGUGCGGAGGGUGAGAGGUUAG